AUGCCGAAUUCUGAGGAAGCGACCUCAACUACAGCAGCAUUAAUAGAAUUGAACAGACCCAAAAUCCCGAAAUUUAAUACUUCUUUUCCAUAUGCGGCACAGCCUGAUAUCAUUCGAGCUAAUCAAAAGGAUGUUUAUUAUCAACGCGUUUUGGAAGAACAAGUAACCAAUGUAUUUCGAACGUUUUUUGGGACGAGAAUACAACAUCAGUAUCAAAAAGAAGUUAACGUGAUUUCCGAUCUAUUUUAUUUUGGUUUAACAACUUUAUUAGGUACUCAAACCUUAGGCGAAGAAUACUGCGAUAUUAUGCAAGCCUCCGAAUCAAGCAAACAAUUUCCUUCUACAAGCAAACGAGCCACACUGAUCUUUUGGCACGUGAUCCUUCCUUAUUUAUACACGAGAGGUAUAUCCGAAUUGCGUAAACGUACAAAACCUUCACGGAAAAAAUUAUUACAGAAAGGCAAACAACUUGAAGAUAAUAGCAUUUAUCGAAACGAGUCACUGGAAUUCGUUACACAAUUGGGACCUCAUGAACAACGUCUCGGUUAUGAGAUACUUGGAUUUUUACUUGUAGUACAGUUUAUCAUCCAAGCAAACCUUUACCGAAGGACUUUGGAUGAUGGUGUAUCCAAUAAAGAUGAUGAUGAUAAUUCUGAGGAUGAAGCAGAUUUGUCGUUCACGUCGACAUUAGGAUUAACGCCUCAAGAAAUUGCAGCUCGUAAAUGUACCCUUUGUCUUUCACCACGCAAGAACACUACGGCUACUCCUUGUGGUCAUUUGUUUUGUUGGACUUGUAUUAUUGAAUGGUGCUGA